UACGAGCAUUGAUAUAAAAGUCAUAUCGUGUGUUGUAUAGACUGCUGGCAACGUGGUGUAUAUAGCUAAUAUGUAGUAUAUAGAAGACCGACCAACCAUAACAAACAUUACUUAUGUGUACGUACAUGUGACCUGUUUUUAUUGACUGGAUAAUCUCUCAAUAUAUAACAUUUAUAGCUAGUUAUUGCUGUACACAUGACGUUUAAGGAAAGAAGGCGUUGUGAUAUUUACUUAUUUACAUGUCUGUUUGGAUUAUUUUCAAUUAUUGAACGGUUCUAGAGAUAAUGUUGUGUUUAUAGACUAUAUUGCGACUGUUCGUUAGUGUUAUCUUGUGAAUGAUGUGCCAAUCUGAAUUAAUUACGUGCGACAUUUCAUUUGUACUGUUUGUUUAUAGUAUCUUGUGAAUUAUGUGCCUGUCCACGUAUUGUUAUGGGCCAAUCUAAAUGAAUUACGUGCCCGUACACGUAUUGUUAAGAGACUAUCUAAAUAUAAGUAUAUCUGUAUUUCGUUUCGUAAAAUAAAACUCAGGGAAAAUAAACCGAAAAACGAAUUGAAAAACAUCUGAUUAACCAAUUAAAUCUUUGAUCUAUACCCGAGUUUAUUUCCAUUAAUAAAUACCAGUGAAUAGACUGUCGUAUCUCACUGAUCACUUAUUGUCCUAAAUUUUCAUGAUCAGGCCGGAAUCCAAAGGAUUACCAAAUAUUUAUACCAUAUAUAAUCAGGCGAAAAUCUCGUCUUGACUGGGUUAUUGAUAAAAUCAUAGUUAAUCGAUUAUUGGGCCUACCUUAUUAUAUGCAGUUUAUUAUUAGUCUACAUAGUCACUAUUCAAUCAGUUAUACUUAAUACCUCGUAUCAGUUUUUACCUGUGUUUCUGUACUGUUUUUAGGAUCCCCGAAUUUACGUAAUAAUGAUACAGUCGGAAACAAGCAUUUCCUUAUAUAGCUGUGCGACAAUCUUUCGGUAUUGGCAUUGUUAGUAUCUGAAUAUUCAAACUUGCAAAGUGGCAUCAGGUGUCCUAGAAGUGAUAUCGGAUAUGUCAGUGGAGGUAGUUGAAGUUAUAAACAGGACGGAUUUUGUAAACAUCACCUGUACAAGCAGACAGGAUUAUGAAAACGCACUAUGUAAAUGGACCAUGGGUAUCACGGAACGGCCACCCAAAGACAGUGUUGACGAAUUCUGCGAGAUUUUUAUAGCUUUAAAGUCUAAAAUCUAUAUAAGCGACUUUCAGAAUGGUGUGGGCACCAGAUUGAUUUUAAACACGUUUAUACGCAUGUCCCAUGUAUGGAGGAAUGGUAUGUUCGAGAACCAACUGGAACCUCUAAAGGAGCUUGUUAUACAGUUUUAUAUUGAUGUAUUAAAACUUGGACCACGAGAGGCUCAUGUUUUAGUUGUAAGGUCCAUGUUACAACUACUAUAUAGCUACUUGCAGAAAUGUUCAGUUGAGAAAUGGAGAGCAUUAAUAAAACUGAUUAGAAGAGUUUUCAAUCUGUUACCAGGGAAAGAGUUUGCUAAACCUUUGUCAGAUCUUUUUAAAAUACUUUUUGACGCCAAGUCCGACAAGAAGGAACAUUUACAUACAGAAUUUACUGAGUUAUAUCUUUAUUUUGAACUAAAUUUCCUGAAGGAAGAUAAAAAGAUCUAUGAUAUGUAUCAGAGCCUUGGCCAGAAAAUACGGAAUAAGUACAAAGACGGUGUUUUUAAGGGUGUAAAUGACCCAGAGUGUUAUAGAAGUUGUCUAAAAUAUUUUAUCGACGUUUUAAGCCGCCCUGGUGGACCGUAUGAAUUGGAAAAAGUCAAGAUAAUCAACACAAAAUUUGAAGAGCUUAAAUCUGGUUUACAAGACAAUAAAAUGUUUGAAGACAUCUGUGUAGAUACGCUAGAGUUUAUUUUAAUACUGAGUAAAAAGAAAGACGGACCAAAUGCUAAUAAAAUUAUAGAAGAGACGGUGUAUUAUUAUGGACGUAUAAAACCUGAUACAAUUAAGGGGAAAAGCGCCAUUUUUGAUAAAUUCGCUCCAAAAUUUCUUGAGUUCUUGGAAACAUCUGGCAAUAAUGUUUAUUGUGGUAAAAGAUUGGUGGAUUCAGUUCUUGAUGAUAUACUCAGUCCUACCAUGAACAAUACUAAAGACCAUAUAGGAUUAUGGUUGAGAAUUAUUAAAGCUGGUCUCCAUAGAAACAAGUCAUUAAAAGAUAUUGCACGUGCCAUUAAAGAUAAAGAAAAAGUUUUAAAAUGGAAGGAUUGGAAAACUGAAGCUAAAGAACUUUGUUAUGUUUUCUUCAAGAAAAGAAUUUAUCGAACGGAUGAUGGAUGGAAAGAUAUAAGAGACGGUUUUCAUGAUAUAUUAGAAGAGUUAUUGAAGGGUUUUAAAAAAGGUAAAAUUUUAAAAUCAUUAUUACCGGAAGUAGUGGAUUAUGUACUAGCGAUAUUAGAAAAUAAAUGUAUUGGAUUAUCUGAUUGUGCUCGUACAGCUGCAGGCGAAUGUGGUGAUGUUAAUAUUAAGGAACAUCGUCAGUUAAUAUUUGAUUCGCUGGUAAGAAUUGUUGCCAUUAUGAAAAUGGAAGACUUUCCAUGGGAUAAUUAUAGGUGUGGACGAGCUUUAGAAGAACUGUCAGAACAUUUAAUAAAAGGUCUUGGGGACGGCAAAGGUCUGAAUGAGAAGGAAAAGGAGAUUUUAGCGUCGAUAACUCUGGUCAGUUUUCAACAAGAUUUUAUAGAUCCUGAGAAGAAUGAACCUGGGGGAGUACAUUAUGAUUUCUUCGUCUCAUUAUCCGAUAACCUGAUGAAAUUGUUGUUGAACACGGGUCAAUUAGCCAAAGAAGAUAAAAUAAUUGAACUAUUUUUAGACAUUUUAAAACACGAGGAAGAAAAUAUUUAUAAGCGAGCUGGUUAUGCAUUGCAAACAUUGGGGACUAAAUCAGGUCCUAUAUUCGCACCGUAUCUUGAUAGGCUAUUAGAUGUGUUUUUCGAGAAUGAACAAUAUUCUAUUUUAUCAAUUUUACCAACGGCUUAUCAAGAAAACCCGAAACCCAUGAAAGAUUGUUUUCAGCGAUUAUUUUCAUACGUUGAUUCAUCAGAUAGCAGUGUACAAUCUUAUUUACUACAAUUAUUACCACAUAUUGCUAAAAAGCAACCAGAGUUAUUUACAGAAGAUAAUAUAGAGAUGUAUGUGGAGGCUAUGUAUAAUGGUGAACAAAAUCUUCAAUCUCUCUUUUUAAUGACACUUGAACCUCUGGCAUCUAAACGACCAUCUUUAUUCAAGAAUCAGAUCGAUAAAUUCCUAGAACGACCAUAUAAUGAAUAUGCCUAUUAUUAUCUAUUUAAAGUUCUUGGUAUUUUAUCUGCCAAAUAUACUCAGAAAGAAGCAGAAAAAAUUCUAAACUUCUUCCUAAAAUUUCUAAAAGGUAGCGAGGAUACAUCUAAGAAAUUGAUAUUAAUUAUUGAAAUGAAGGGGAUGGUUUUACCUCAUAGAAGUUUAAUAGAGAAACAUCGAGCGUUUAUAGAGAAACUAAGUACAACGGGUACUGAUCAAAACUUCAAGGAUCAGGCUAAAGCAAUUAUAGAUUUACUGAAAGGUAGAAGUUUAGAGACAUUAGCUGAUGACUAUUUAUACGUGACAUUGUUUUAG